CGGUAUAAAGAUUCAGUUGAAGUUUUACUGUUGCCGGCUAACGUUCGAAAAUCGGAGGGUCGGAGAUAAACUCUUUCCCAUUCAGUUGCCCCACUCACACUCACACCGCAGUACACACACGUGUACGGACAGUUGCACUGGUGUUGGUACUUUGUUUACAGUCGCAUCGCAGCAACAACACAAACAGUGGAGUAAAAGAUAGAAAGACGGAAUAAAAAGAAGAGGAGGCCGAUAGCAAAGAGAAAUACGUGGAAAAGAGAAAUUUCGACGUUCUAAGCCGAGUUUUAGUCUUAAAUAAAUAAUCGGAACGAGCGGAUAGACACAGACUGCAACUAACAUUAAUAUUGGCAAUUACCACACCUGCUGAGAAACCAUGUCCAGCUCACCCAUCACAGACUUCUACGCGGGUCGCAAUGUGUUCAUCACCGGAGCCACUGGCUUCGUGGGCGUCACGAUUGUGGAGAAACUGCUGAGGGAGAUCCCCAACGUGGGCACACUGUACCUGCUGAUGCGGGCCAAGAAGGGCAAGAAUGUCCAGGAGCGCCUCGGGGAGCUGAAGAAGAACUCCGUGUUCGACAAGUUCAAGGAGCUGCAGCUGGAGUCCCGCCUGGCCAAGAUCGUUCCCGUCGAGGGCGACGUGGGCCUGGAGAAUCUGGGCAUCUCGCCCGAGGAUCGCCAGACCCUGAUCGACAACGUGAACGUGGUCUUCCACUCGGCAGCCACCUUGGACUUCUUCCAGUCCCUGAAGGAGACCACCAACAUCAACUUGCGGGGCACAAGGCGCGUGGUGGAGCUGUGCCAGCAGCUGAAGCAACUGGACGCCCUGGUCCAUGUGUCCAGCGCCUAUGUGAAUGCCUACCUGACGAAGGUCGAGGAGAAGCUGUAUCCCUCGCCCGAGGAUCCCGAGAAGAUCAUCCAGCUGUCGGAGACGCUCAACGACGAGGCUCUCAAGGAACUGGAACCAAAACUCCUUAAGGAUCACCCAAACACCUACACCUUCACGAAGCACCUGGCGGAGCACGAGGUGGCCAAUGUGGCCGGUAAAUUCCCCUGCGGCAUUGUCCGUCCCAGCAUGAUCACCGCCGCUUGGAAGGAGCCUCUUCCCGGGUGGACCAUUUCGAAGAACGGCCCCCAGGGCUUCUUCAUGGGCGCCUCCAAGGGCGUGCUGCGUCGCCUUCCCUUGGAUCCCAACAUCAUCAUGGACUACAUACCCAUCGAUGUGGUGGUCAAUGGUAUCAUCACCACCGGCUACUAUGUGAACUCGCUGCAGGCGAAGAACGGAGGCCGUCCAUCCGAGCUGCAGAUCUUCCACCUGACCUCCAGCACAUACAAGCCGUUCCGGUUCGAACUGAUGGCGGACAAGAUCAACGGCUACCUGCACGACUACCCGCUGAACAGUGCCGUGUGGUAUCCCAACCUGCGUCUGGUCAAGAGCCUCUGGGUAUUCCGGCUGAGCGCCAUCCUCUUCCACUUCAUUCCGGCCCUGUUCCUGGAUCUGGUCACCAAGAUUGGAGGCGGCAGGCCUAUCUUGGUUCGACUGCACAAGAACGUAUGGAACUCACUGAAUACCCUGGAACGGUUCAUCUUCACGGAGUGGCACUUCGACAGCAAAAAACUAUUGGCGCUUUCGAAGACUUUGAAUCCGGUGGACAAGAAGAAGUUCUUCAUCGACAUCGGGGAACUGUCCUGGGAUGAGUACUUCGCCAACACGAUUCUGGGAGUCCGCCAGUAUCUCAGCAAGGAGCCGCCCAAGAACCUGGAAAAGGCCCGUCGCAAGGACAAAAUUCUCCUGGGUCUCCACGUGGCCCUGCAGCUCCUCUUCUGGUAUGGAGUCUUCAAGCUGAUCGUUUGCUUCACCGGAAUUUCUGGAGCUAAAGCGGCUCUGGUCCUGCCCGUGCUCUACUACCUGUUUGGACUCCUCUAAGAGGACGAGCAUGUUCCCCCAGUAGUUCAGCAUUUCUCAAUGUUAUUUAUGCUAAAUGCAAUUUGUAUGAGGUUUGGUUUUACAAUAUAAAUACAAAAAAACAAA